AUGAACGUAGGCGAUGCCGACGGUUCUGAUUUUGAUGACUUUGAUAUCGAUAUAGACCAGAUUCGAGAAUCCGAGGCGGCUGCAACUUCAAAGAAGACUCCAAACACAUCUCAGGAAAGCUCGAAUAAUUGCCAUCAUGUAAUAGACUACGACUCACUUUCCACCUACAUUUAUCCUACCAACUUGGAAGUACGUGAUUACCAGUACAAUAUUGUUCAAAGGGCAUUCUACGACAAUCUUUUGGUGGCGCUUCCCACAGGUUUGGGUAAAACCUUCAUUGCAAGCACAGUAAUGCUCAAUUUCUACCGAUGGUUUCCUCAAUCAAAAAUCAUAUUUAUGGCUCCCACGCGGCCAUUGGUGGCUCAGCAAAUCAAGGCGUGUUGCGGAAUAACGGGACUUCCCUCUUCCAGCGUGGCAAUUCUUUUGGAUAAGACUCGACGAAACAGAGGAGAAAUAUGGAGAUCCAAAUCGGUGUUCUUCACCACUCCACAAGUGGUCGAAAAUGACCUUGCUUCUGGCCUUGUGAACCCCAAGUCGAUAGUGUUGCUUGUAAUUGAUGAAGCGCACCGAGCUCGUGGAAAUUAUGCAUACAACAAUGUUGCCAAAUUCUUGAACCGGUUCAAUUCCUCCUAUCGUAUUCUCGCCUUGACUGCGACACCGGCAUCAGACGUCGAGGGUGUUCAGGAAGUUAUUGACAAUUUAAACAUUUCGAAGGUUGAAGUGAGAACAGAAGAAAGCAUAGACAUUUUCCAAGUACAUGAAGCGAAAACGAAUUGA